AUGUGUGUUUCUGGGUCGGAUUGUUCCUCUGACGAAGUGGAAGCUUCCGAAACGGGAUUUAACCGCGGAUGGGCGUAAUAACUUUAAAUUUAGGCAACCUUUCUGAGACAGAGCGUCUGAUUGGACGGUUCCCUACCUGUCCUCUCCGCCUCGUCUCUCGCCCCAGCCAAUAAUAAAACCCCAUAAAUAGAAACGCUCGGUUAUUAUAAAGCGUUAUAUGAGUGUGAGCGUGUGUGUGUGUUUGAGCCGAGGGGCUGGAAAGCACCUUUUUUUUUUUUCUUCUUCUUCUUCUCUCUCCUGCUGACGCCACCACGGUGACUGUGCGUCUGUACAGGAGCCAUCAUCAUCACCACCACCACCAUCAUCAUCAUCAUGUUUACCUGAACGCGGAUAGCGGGGCGGACAAAUGGCCUAGAAAUAAACACAAUUAACACCUGCGGCUCUCCGGAUCCUCUCGCCCUUUUCUUCCCGAAGGCUCCGCGUUUCUCGACGAGCCGGGAUUAGCGAUCCAAAUGUCCGCCUGUGCAGUAACCAAUUUCAACAAUGGCUUGGAGGCCAGUUCAGACUCAGAUGACGAGGACAAGCUACACAUUGUGGAGGAGGACAGCCUGUUGGAGCCUGACGCCGCAGACGCCGACGGGGCCACAGCGCCGGAGAGCCAUGAUGCCGCCGUAACAGUAUUACCCCACAACGGCUCCUGGAAUGGAGUGAAGGAGGAGUGUGUGUCAGAGGAGGAGGAGGAGGACGAGGAGGAGGUGAAGGACGCUCUAGUGGAGAAGAUUCUCCAGCAGGGCGACACAGCCAUCAUUUAUCCCGAAGCUCCAGAAGACGUGCAGAGUCCGGCCGAGACAGCAGACGCUGAUGAAAACGGCACGCCCGACAGCUUCUCCCAGCUGCACAUUUGCCCGUACUGUUCUCGGGGCUACAAACGCAACGCCUCGCUGAAGGAGCACAUUAAGUAUCGCCACGAGACCAGCGAGGACAACUACAGCUGCUCGCAGUGCAGCUACACCUUCACCUACCGCUCGCAGCUGGAGAGGCACAUGAGCCACCACCGAGGCAACAGGGAGCAGCGUCACGUUUCGCAGUCCUCUACAGGAUCAGGAGGAACCGGUGGGACCCGCAAGUUCAAGUGCACCGAAUGUUCAAAGGCCUUUAAAUACAAACACCACCUGAAGGAACACCUGCGCAUUCACAGUGGUGAGAAGCCAUACGAAUGCUCCAACUGCAAGAAGCGAUUCUCCCACUCUGGCUCCUACAGCUCCCACAUCAGUAGCAAGAAGUGUGUGGGUGCCGCAGCACCAAACAACGUGACAGUAACGGUGGUCAAGACCACAUCCCCGAGCGCUCAGACUAAACCCGUUGCAAUUGCUCCAGCGCGAGUGACCGUCAAAGAAAAGACUGAAAGCAAACCCCUCCAGGAGCAGCUGCCCGUCACCCAGAUCAAAUCCGAACCUGUGGAAUACGAGUGUAAGCCGGUCAUGCCGCCACCGGCGACUUCGACUGGGAGCAACGGAGUGGUGAACGGGGGGACGGCGCAGCCGGCGGCAGCCCUCCCUCAGGGCGUCGCCAUGGUCGUGCCAACGGUGGGCCUUAUGUCGCCGGUCAGCAUCAAUCUGAACGACUUGCAGAGCGUGCUGAAGGUGGCGAUGGACGGCAACGUGCUCAGGCAGGUGCUGGGUUCGGCCAACGGGGUGGUGACGCAGGGGAAGCAGGGGAUCGUAGUCCAGCAGCCACAGCAGCAGAUCAUCAGCCUGCCCGCCUUCGUGGACCACGACGGUACCACAAAGAUAAUCAUCAACUACAGCAUCAGCCCCGCAGCGGGCGCCACCGCCGCCGCCCUGCCCACGCCGCUCGUCAUUAAAAACAACCCUCCCCCGGCUCCCGCCGUCACCACUGCGGCCGCUGCCCCCGCGACCCCGACAAAAACGGACAGACCCCAAACGCCCGAGGUGACAGACCUCAGCGUGAAGAGAAACCCAGUGGCGGAGCCCGUUAGAGACGUACCGACGGAGGCAGCGGCUGAAGGAGCUGUGAAAGACGCAGCUUUGAAACCCAAGUCCAGCGCCGCCACUACAUGUUUACUGUGCGACGACUGCCCCGACAACCUGGAGGCGCUGCAUCUCCUGCAGCAUCGCAAAGCGGCCAACGGCGAGGCCGUGGACUCGGCCGCGCUGGACCCGUCCUUCGCCGCGCUGCUCAGCGAAGCCGGCGUGAUCCUGGAGGAGCCGCCGGUGGACGACCUCCUCUCGCUCCUCAAGACCUAUUUCGCCUCCAACACCAAUCCCAGCGAGGAGGAGCUAACGAAAAUCGCCAAGUCCGUCAGUAUUCCCGUGGAGGUGGUGAGGAAGUGGUUUGUCAAGAUGAACUCUGGGAAAAGCACGAGUAAAUGUCGCGCCGAGGACGCAGAUCCCUCGGAGGAGACUAAAGCCACGGAUUCCAGCUCAGAGGACACUUUAAAUGACAAAGAGACCAGCACCCAGGAGGACUCUGACAGAGCUCUGUCACGCGCCAGCUCCCCGUCGGACUCCCUGUCCCUCAGUACGGAUCUUGUUAUUGUCAAAAGUGAGCCAGAGGACCCGGAGGAAGCAGACCCCCAAGCAGAGCCUCUGGAUCUGUCUCUUCCCAAACAAGACGUCCCGCCGUUAGAGAGCAAAACCACGCCUCCUGCAAAGCAGCAGGAGCAGCCUCUGAACCUGACCUGCUUGAGGAAGGACGGUCAAACCCUCUACGUUACCACACCCCAGACCAGGAACCCUGUCAACAUCGUCACCACCGCCCAGCUGCCAACCCUGGUGGCCAUCGCCGGUCAGGGAGCGGUGGGCUGCCUCAGUGCCAUCAACGCCACCACCAAACGUACCAUCCUCAUCCCCCAGCUCACCUACACCUACGCUGCUACCGCCGGCAACGCCUCUGGAGCCAAGACCGUGGUGCUGAACGGCCACAAGGAGACGCGUCCAGAGAGCGUCGCCGAUGGCGCCUCCUCGGCAGAGGAGCUAGAGACCAAGAAGCGACGGCUGGAAAACGGCGUUUAUCCCUGUGAUCUGUGCUCCAAGGUCUUCCAGAAGGGCAGCUCACUGCUCAGACACAAAUAUGAACACACAGGAAAACGGCCCCAUGAAUGCACCAUCUGCAAUAAAGCUUUCAAACACAAACACCACCUGAUUGAACACUCCAGGCUGCACUCCGGAGAGAAACCCUACCAGUGUGACAAGUGUGGGAAGCGUUUCUCCCACUCGGGCUCGUUCUCGCAGCACAUGAACCACCGCUACUCCUACUGCAAGAAGGACUGGUCGGCCCCCGGCUCCGGCUGGGGGUCACGGAGAGCUCAGCAGGAGCUCGGCAGCCCCGGCGGCGGGGCUCUGUCGGACAGCCGGACCGCCACCCCACAAUCCCAAAUGGACUCCGACGAGAGGGAGAGCGACGAAGAGGACGAAGAGGCCAUGUGCAUGGACGACAUCCGGGUGGUGCAGGUGGACGACGGCGAGUGCGAGAUCUACGAGGGUAACUUCGACGAGGAGGAGGAGGAGGAUGAGGAGGAGGAAGAGACUCAGACUGGGCACGCGCAGGAUUUGUUCUGCGACGUGGUGGAAGUGGAGCUGGGGAACGAACACCUGGAGAACGGCAGGUUGGAGGUGAAGCGCGAGGAAAAGGAGGAACCCGCAGGCGCAGCGGCCGGGAAACGGGCCGACUGCGACGCAGAAAGAGACAAAGCUAUCAGGGAGGGUUCGGGUAGCGCCGAACCGUCAGAGGAAGCGGCGACAAACAAAUGAAGGACAGGACGGCUCCGAUUUGUCGCUCGUCAAAAGUCUUUUCGGACGGAAACCACAUCAAGAAGAAGCAAGUCUCGGAGGUUGCCUAAUCUUAACGGUCCACUACUGUGUACAAAAACCCAGGUGUGCCUGAACUUAAAAACAGAAAAAAAAAAAACAAGACAGUGACUUUAUUUGUGAAAAAUGAAAUAUUCAUGUUUUAAAGUGUUUAUAGAAGUACAGAUUCGAAGUAGUACCAUCUAUCAUCUUGUUAGACUUGUUACUGAGAGUUCCCACGUCCUUUUAUUUUCUCAGCCAGUCAGUGUUACUAAUCUUGUUCUUGUUUGAAAACAUUUUAACCUGUAAAGAGAAAGAUUUCUAUACCUUUGUAUUGCCAAUGAUUUUUUUUUUCCUAAAUCAGUAUUUAAUUGAGUUCUACGAACAAAAAAAACCUCUGCACUACAGUAUUCCUAGUUUACCUACGGAUACAUGCCUCAUGCAUCGUAUGCCCUUCAGUGUUAUACAUGUUGGCUAGCUAGCCGGAUGUUGUUUGUGUUAGCGUUAGCCUGCGCUAGCUAGCAUUAUGUUUUGUUUUCAGUUCCGACUGUUAGCCUUAAGGAAAACAAAGUAUUCCUGGGGAGAGGGGGUUCUGGGCGGGACGGGUCCGGGGAUGAGAGGGCGGCUUCUGUUUGCCAUAACCAAAUUUGUCCAAUCAGGGAAGGAAAAGGUCACAGCCUCAAAGCCAGCAUCGGCGCUUCUGUUUUGCAGCCCAGCACAGCUCGGACCGGGCCGGGGUCUUCAGAGCAGAACCCCCCCCCCACCCCCACCCCCGGCGUCCAGGCUGGGCUUCGGGUCCAGAACACGCACGCUCAAUCCUCGCGAGCUUCUCCUGCUUACGGUCCGACUUUAUUUUCCGUGUCAGUGUUAUCAGCUUAUAUUGGAAGUGUAUGUGAAGGAUCAGGUUGUUUCCUGCUCCACCCCCGAUGCCUCCAGCCUUAUGCAAGACCUGUGUGCUGUUAAAAGUGCCAUUGAACAGUGUUAUUUCUUCUUCUUCUUCUUCUUCUUCUUCUUCUUCUUCACAUGUAGCCAGUAUUAUUUUCCUCUCUUAUUUACUCACGGCCCAUGUUGGUUAAUGUUUGUUAACUCGCACAGAACAGCUAACCUGUCACAGAACUUUUCUAAUAUUUUACGAUGCAACACAAAAAAAAGCAACUUACAGCAUAUUUUAACCACAGUGUUGAUUUUAUUUUUUUGUUUGUCAAACUAUGAAGUACGCUUAGAAUCAUUUGGCGAAAUACCAUACGCUAAAAAAGGUUUACCAUGUGGCUUUUUUUAAGUCCCUUAAACCGGUUUAAACCCGUUCAGGCCUGAUGCAACAUGUUUGACCCAAGUGUUUCCUUAAAGACUGAGAAAGACUUUAGCAACAGUUUUAACUUCAAAACUCAGGAACAAGGAUGGGCCGUUUAACGCGGCAACAUCUGCUGAGGAGUUCUUAAUUUUUUUUUAUUUUGUUUUUUUAAAUUUACGGUAUAUUUUACUGCUCUUUUUAAUUGCUAUAUAUUCAAAGUAGAAAUAAUGGUUGAAAACUUUUUGUAUUUGGUUUUAAUAUGUAUGUAGCUCGUUUAAUUGAGCUAAUUCCCCUGUUCUUUACUCCACUCACUUGUGAGCGUUGAAUUAUUUUCAGAAACACAUUUGGAAAGAGGUUUAAAAUUUCCAAAAUGCAGCCAGAGUGAUUAACGACACAGCAGGAGGUGCUAUAAAUCAGGAUUUACUCAUGUGCAUUUUUGUAGUAGGAGCAAAAACAUAAACUGAAAUAAAAGCCGAAAUCUUAUCUUGUCGCGGUAUAAAUAGUAAAAGAUUAUAUAUUAUAUUUAGUUGAAUUCAGUCUUUGAAGCUGAAAUGUACGUCCCCUUGGCUUCUUUUCCCUAAAACCCAUUUAGAGCCAUUUCUGGUCUUAAAGGACAAAGGCGUGAGGUGGACAAAGUUCUUGCAUCUGGUCCUAACGGGCGAAACAAGCUACACAUGGUUUCUCUACACAUAAUUACAUAUUUGCUGUUGGUAAAUACUUAUAGCCAGUGGGACAACUCACUGGUGACCUGUAUCUUCAACCCUGUAAACUAGCGUGACAGAAUUAUGUCGUAUUUCCUGAACGUGUCCUCAGUCCAGGUUAAUGUUAUCUUUUUUCUAUCUUAAUUUGGCUUAAAAAGAAAGAAAAGUUAAAAUACUACCGAAUUAGACCUGACUCCCUCUUGCGCACUUGUUUUCGCUCCAAACACAGAAACUGUGACAAGCUGUCCGCACUUCAGGUAACAAACAUUAGUGAAUGUGGUCUCUGAAGAGUUUUGAGUUUUUUUUUUUCACCAAACAGUAUUUAUAGUGGUUUGUUUUUAUUCCUUUUUUUUGUUGUUUUUUUUUUUAGUUUUUAUGCGUUUGUGUCAAUAACAGCAGUAUUUCAACCCUUUUCACAAGGGAAAAAAAAAAUCCGGUUUAGUUUUUAGAAAACUUUUUUAUAUUUAUGUGUCUUAUUUUUAUAUUUUCUUUUUUUUUUUUUUUGGUUAUUUAUUACACAUUGUAGUGUACAUUACUGUAGUUUGAAUUGAUACAAUAAUAUAUUUUAGUAUGAAAAAUACUCUUGAGACAAACAAGGAUUCCCAAAAUGUGGUUCUGGGAGAUGAAGUUUGUUAACAAAAAAAUAAAUAAAAAAAAUAGUGAAAAAAAAAAAAGAAAAUUAAAAAAGUGUACUCCGUAAACUUGACUUUUGUUUUAAGCUGAGAAAAUAAAGGAAAAAAAAGACAGGAAUGAAGUGAGAAAUAGAAACUGUUACAUGUGCAUCCGUCGUUAUUAAGCUACUGAAUUCUGUGACUUUAAACGCAUGAGUCGUCGCCGUUUUAAUGAAGGAUCUUGUUAUGAAGUGUUUAAUCCUCCCUUUUUUUAUUUGAUGAAGCCAAAUCUGCAUCGUCCCGCCGCCCCGUCUUUUGUUGCGUGCCAACUUUGUAUUUUUUCCAUUGUACCGUUGAAGGCUGCAUAACGUUUGUCUAUUCAACCCUUUGUAAAUCCACUGUCUUUUUGUAUGGUUUCCAUGUUAGGUUUGCUCCAUUUUUAUGACUCCCAUCACAAUAAAAUGUAAGACAGCA